AUGGGCUGUGGCAAAAAACUUACACCUGGAGAAGUAGCCUUGCUAGCAAACCUACUAAAUUACCAUCAACAUGAUUCCAAAGUGCAGGAUCUGCAACCGGCUUUGGAAGAAGCAUGGGGUGGUGAUGACUACAAUUACACCCUAUUGCUCUCAAGUGGAUACGGAGGGGUGUCAGAUCGUAUUUUAGUUGAAUUUUCUUGGCAGGGCAGCCAUUUUUUCCGUGACCAUGGAUCUGUUCACUACGGUGAGCUGAUAUCAUACUGGACACUAGAAGGAUAUCUUAGUCCUUUUAACAAUCUUAAGGAGGCUUAUGAGGAGGGACACUGUGUUUUGAUGCAGCUUAUGUACUGUCAAAUGCUGAAAGAAGUAGGUGAUGAUUUCCUCCAAAUGGUUAGAGGAACCAUACUUAUUAACUAUCAUCAUCAAGGAUAUGGUGGAAUAGCUAAUCUGGGGUUGGCUAAUGUUAUUGUGAAUAGUAAUGACCGGGAUGGCAUUGGAAAAGUCACUUCGGUGGAUGGUGUGAUCAGAACACUAGUCAAUCAUAAAAAAGUGCAGCAAUCAAAGGCACUUUUACUGGACGGGAACUGUCUCAGCGGGGAAGAUCCGAAUAGUCUCCUACUGAAUAAUCAGGAACUGCAAAUUCUGGGUCCUUUCAGCCUCAGAAUUAAAUCAUUGCCUCAUUGCUUCUGCUGCCUGAAAAAACUGAACGUCCUUGUGCUCAGGGACUAUGAUUUCUUAGAAAAGAUUGAUGAAAUUGGAGAACUAACGACGUUAACUGUCCUUGAAGUAUCUGGUUCUGGCUUGAUAGAAAGUAUACAAGAUAACUUUUUUCAACAAAUGUGAUAGGUUGCAAUUUUAUCAUUUAUUUUAUUAUUAAUUUCUCCUAUUACCUGAUCCGAUGUGGAUAAAUUAGCGAUUCUACUCAUUUCAAGGAGUAGAACGAAAAUACCACAACCAAUGCCAAUUUGGCAUUCAUCAGGAAAGAGAUCAAGUAGCAGGCAUCUAGGGGCAUUUUUGGAACAAGAUGAUGCGGCCCUUUUUGGUAACUUGCGGAAGACAACUUUCAAAGAGGAACAAAAAGGCUGAAGUCUUCUUCAUGAUAAAAAGCCGCCGCACAGUAGGAUGAAUAUAGGACUAGUAGAUAGGAAUUAGAAUUAGGAGCAGAGGAUUGUGUCUCCUUUAGCUUAGUUUUACUUUGACUUUUCCCUGGGAUUUCCUUUUGCUUUCCUCUCGCAUGUCAGGAGUAGAAUACUUUUAGCUUUGAGACUUUUACUCUUCUUUUGGCUUCGUAUCGGCUUUUCUUCUUUUGGAUGUCAGGACCAAACAAAGCAAUGAACUACAUCCUCUAGCUUUAC